AUAGUAUUGUAUCUUUUCUUAAUUGUAUUAUUUUUAAAUUGAAAGAAGUAAAAUAUUUUUGAGGUUUUGCCUUUUAGUGUUCUCACUUUCCCCCGUGAUUAUUAGCCGGAGAAGAAGUUGUAUGCAAAAAUUAGGGCACGCCGAAAGAUGACCAGAAUUUCUGUGAACAAAUGUAAUGCUAUUAUUCCCUUUCUCUCUUUCCAUUCUUCUUCUUCUUCUUCAAGAUCCUUUUCUGCGAAGGCACACAUCAAUUUUGACAAGGAGGUCAGCUGUUUAGAUGAUGCUGUUAGUCUCUUUCAUCGAAUGGUCAGAAUGAAGCCUCUUCCUUCUGUGAUAGAUUUCUCUAAAUUAUUCAAGACUAUGAUAAAUAUGAAGCAUUAUUCUGCUGUUGUUUCUCUUUUUCGUGAAAUGCGGAUAUUGGGAAUCCCAAUUAGUGAUUCUAUCUUGAAUAUUGUGACUAACAGUUAUUGUUUGAGGCAUCGUAUUGAUUGUGCAUUUUCCAUAUUACCCAUUUACUUGAAGACUGGCAUUCCAUUUAAUGUCGUCACUUUUAACACCCUAUUAGGGGGAUUAUUUGCUGAAAAUAAAGUCACAGAUGCAGUUGUCUUGUUCAAAAAAUUGGUGAGAGAGAAGAUUUGUGAGCCGAAUGAAGUCAUGUAUGGAACCGUCAUGAAUGGACUCAGCAAAAGAGGACAUACUGAGAAGACCUUAAGUUUGCUCCGGAUAAUGGAACAAGGGAAUACUAAGCCCGGCGUAUGUACCUAUAGCAUUGUUAUCGAUGCCCUCUGCAAAGAUAUAAACUUAGAUGCUGCUAUCAACCUUCUGAACGAGAUGAAGCAGAAAAACAUUCCUCCAAACAUAUUCACAUAUAAUUCAUUAAUUGAUGGUUUGUGUAAGCUUGGUCAGUGGGAAAAGGUUAAGACUUUGUUAUCUGAGAUGGUGAAUCUUAAUAUUAAUCCAAAUGUGCAUACCUUCAGCAUACUAAUAGAUGGACUAUGCAAAGAAGGAAAAGUUGAAGAUGCCGAUGAAGUAAUGAGACACAUGAUAGAAAAAGGUGUAGAACCUGAUAUAAUCACCUACAGUGCGAUAAUGGAUGGAUAUUGUUUGCGUGGUCAAGUGGAUAGAGCAAGGAGAGUUUUUAAUGUCUUGAGAGAUAAGGGCAUUAAGCCUAAUAUUUUUAGCUAUAGCAUACUAAUAAAUGGAUACUGUAAGAAAAAGAAUCUUGCCAAGGCCAUGCAAUUGUUUGGUGAAAUUUCUCAAAAGGGAUUAAAACCUGAUACUGUUGCCUACAGUACUAUCUUGCACGGUCUGAUUGAAGUUGGAAGAAUUGGUGAUGCAAAAAAGAUCUUUGAUGAGAUGCUACGCGUGGGGCCCACACCUGACAUAUGCAUUCAUUCCACUUUGCUCUUUGGUUAUUUUAAGUAUGGCCUUGUUGAAGAAGCUAUGUUACUCUUUAGUAAGUUGGAAAGAAACAGAGAAGAUACCAAUAUUUCAUUUUACACUGUUGUCAUUAAUGGAUUGUGCAAAAAUGAUAAAGUCCGCGAAGCUCAUGCUAUUUUUGAGAAGCUUCCUUCCAUUGGAUUGAUUCCGGACGUGAGAACAUACAAUGUAAUGAUAACUGGAUUUUGUCGUGAAGGGUUGUUUGAUGAAGUCAAAGGUAUUCUAAGAAAAAUGGAAGACAAUGGUUGUCCUGCAAACAAUAUAACAUACAACGUUAUUAUGCAAGGAUUUCUUAGGAGCAACAAAAUUAGUGAAAUAGUAUCUUUCAUGAAGGAAAUGGCGGGAAGGGGCUUCUCAUUUGAUGCAACUACAACUGGAGUUUUAAUAAACGUCUUAAAGGAGAAUCCUUCCAUCGUUGACAUGAUACCAGAUCACUCAUAAAUAAGAAUCUCAUACAUAUGCUUAUUGCUCUUGGAUCAUUUGAACCCGUAGCAGGCGUAGCUAGUACUCUCCCUCCACACGUGUUCUCUCGUAGAUAUGUGAAGCAUUCAACCUUGGUCUUUGUCUCUGGUCAUUUAUGAUGUUGCCUUCUACUUUGGGAGAAUACCUUGUAACCUGAUUUAAUUGGAGAACUGCCGGAUUUGUGUUCCUUCCAUUUGGACCUGUCUGGUUCUGCUUGCAGCCGCUGACAUCCUUCAAUCACUUGCAAAAAUUGGCUCAUUCGUCGCAAAGGUUGCUGACUCAAUGUGGUGGAAGUUUCUGAAAGACAGCAAGCUUAUGGGGAAUAUGGAAGGCCUUAAAAAGGACUGGCCAUGGAGAACAAUUUUGGAAACAAUUGCACCCCCAAGAGCCAGCUGUCUCACUUGGAUUCCUACUCCAAAGCUUGUUGAGUGCAGCAGAUGCUUUCUGUGUGCAAGCGCCAAUGAAUUAGUGAAUCAUCUACUGCUUCACUAGACAGAUCUGAACAAUGUUUCGUGCUAUUUUUGGUGUCGAUCAUGCCAGGAUACAUUGAACUUGGUACUAAGCAGCUGGUAUGAGCAGGCCUCAUCAAGGUACAACAAGCACUAUUGGCCUAUGGAGAAGAUCAUCCAAAUCAAUGAAGUUGGAAACUUCAUGAUAGAAGAGGUCAUAAUCCAUAUACGAUGUUGCCUAGUACUUCGGCAGAACAGCUUGUAGCCUUAUUUAAUUGGAAAAUGCGGAAUUUGUGCUCCUCCCUUUCGAUCUUGUCCAUGGACAGUUCUAUAUACAACUGUGGGGGUGCGCAAGGAACCCGGAAGUCUCAGUAGAAACUCAGAGUAUAUGGUAUAUAUGUAUACUUAAGGGAAUAUAAGCAUGAUGCCCACCAAAACAAGUGGGAGCAUGGUGCCAAUGGUGGAGAAUCAAGUUCUAUGCUCUAAGGUCGGGGGAUCGAACCUCAUCUUUAACUUUUUCUGGAAACUGUUUUAAAGUAAGCUGAUGCGAGACUGAUUUAUAUUCAUCUAUGUAAUAUUGAUUUCAGUUGCCCAAAAUCCUACAUACUUAUCGUUCAAAGUGGUGUGGCACCCGGAACUUCCAAACCUUGUAUCCGCCUCUGGUCUUGUCUGGUUCUGCUUGCAGCCCUUGACAUCCUUCAACCACUUGCAAAAUUUGGCUCAUUUCCUCCCAUUUCACCGUCAUUAACCACUUUCUUCUCAAUGUAUGUUCUAACCGUGUGGGAGACUCACACACUUGUGUUGUUUCAAGCUGAAAAUCCUGGGAAAUUGCUCAUUCAGUGGUCUGUUCCAUAUCCAUCCUUCUUGCCCAACUAUGACCAUCGCCCAGUUUAAUGUGAAUGUGCUCCAUAGGAUUUGUUAGGAACCUUAUGAUCCAGAAGUUUCUCCAAAGACACUUCAUAAGGAGGGUGAUGGAACUUGCUGCUUAUUUGAAUGCUUGGUUUGUGCAUCUAACUAUACGUAAUCUUAUUUUAGUCAAAUUUCAGAACUUGCCUGCUUUAUCAGUGAAUGGUGUCCUUUUGAGAAAGACGGCACAACUUGAGGCAAUAUACUGACGAUAGAUGUAGUUUAGGUUGAUUUUUGUGAGCUUAUUUCAUUUUAAAUUCAUAUAUUUGUACAACUUACUGGUUAUGCCUAACUAUGUGUUUUGACAUCAGUAUAUGUACUGUUGAGAGUAAAUUCUCUUGUGAAAAAAAUUGCUAAAACAUUUU